AUGUCAAAUGAUGGUUCGCAUGUCUUAAAAUUUUUAGCUGAUAGUUUCUCGCGUAGUCGCAUGAAAUUAAAAGCAAGUCCAUUAAAAAUACGAUGGCGACACGGCCGUUUGUUUUUUAUACUGGCGCCACCCGUCAAUCAAGGUGAGUUUAAUUGCUCAGAUUGUGCAGUUUCUAUGCAGUUUAUUGUUUUAAGUGGAAAUGAUUUUGGCUUACCAGUCCAUUGCAAGUGGAUAAUGCUACUUUGGAGUGCUGAUGGCCGCGAAUUUUACCGUGAUAAUGGCACUGCGUUUUAUGAUGAGACUUUUUAUGGCGUUCUCGGAGAUCACGUUUGUGACGCUCCACAAUCAUCAUGGGUGCAACGAAGCUUGUUGAUGGCCUGUAUCGAUUUAGGUGAAGUUAGGAAAAAAAGAUUUUUCGAUUUCAUUUUACUUACUCUAACUCGAGGUGAAGAGUUUCAUUGUGAAGGUCAAUAUGAUAAUGAACUUUGUGAUCCUCUGAAUCUCCUGUUUCUUCAUUGUAAUAGUCAUGUGCGUGGUGAUGAACUAAUGAAUCAACCAAUCAACAAAGCUAGCAAAACCGCUCGUCUCACGCUGAUUUAUGGAGUGGAAUGUACAUAUGAACAAUAA